AAAAUUCACCACACAGAAGCUCACCAAAGGAAAUUUGCUUUGAUUAUAAACAACACUCAUUCAACCUUGCAGUAAUCUCGAAUAAAGAUCAUUUAAAAUCAGCUUGAAGAGUGAAAAGACUAUAAAAGUAAAAAAGCCGUGUAAUUAUUUCAAAUCAUUAAGAAUACCUCAGAAUAUUUCAGAAUUUUGGCGAAGUUUCUUUUUCCUGGCUUUUCGUCAUCUCAUUGAUAAUUUUGUAGGAAAAUCGAGAUAUAAGCUUGAACGUUGAAAACCCACAGUGACGUUAAAAAAAUUCUCUGAAUAUGUGGCAAGGUCAACAAAACCAACAUCAACCUUAUUAUCCACCAGGCUUUCAACAACAACAACAACCUUAUAACCCGGCUUAUCCACAUCAACAAGCACCUGCAAUUUAUAAUCCGCAACAACCACCAUACAUGGACCCCGAAUAUCCAGAUGCAAAAGGUUUCGAGUUCGAUGACGCUUCUAUUCGAAGAGGUUUCAUAAGAAAAGUUUACUCAAUUUUAACUGUGCAACUUUCAAUCACUUUGGCUGUCAUAUCUUUGUUUGUUUUUCACAAACCGACGAAUGGUUUCAUCAAGCAACAUCAUGAAAUUGUUUGGAUCUCACUUGGCGUUGUUGUCGUCACUAUGAUUGCGCUUGCAUGUUGCGAAUCUGUUCGUCGAAAGUCACCAAUGAAUAUUAUUUUCCUGGGAAUCUUCACAAUUGCUGAAUCUGUCAUGAUGGGUUGCAUGUCUGUUCGAUACUCAGCCGAUCUUGUUAUGAUGGCUGUUGGCAUCACCGCUGCUGUUUGUCUUGGACUUACACUUUUUGCGUUCCAAACGAAAUUUGAUUUCACUGUCUGUGGAGGUGCACUUUUUGUUGCUGUAAUCAUUAUGGUCAUAUUUGGAUUUGUUGCCAUGUUUUUCCGAAGUAAAACUUUAACUUUGGUUCAAGCAUCGUUGGGUGCAAUGUUGUUUUGCGUUUAUUUGAUUUACGACACGCAGUUAAUGCUUGGUGGAAAACACAAAUACUCGAUCAGCCCCGAAGAAUACAUUUUUGCAGCUUUGAAUCUCUAUCUUGACAUCAUUCAAAUUUUCAUGUACAUCUUGACAAUUUUAGGAGCGACGAGAGAUUAAAAUGAAGAGUCAACUUACCUAGAGUCACCCAAAGAAAACCUUGUUGAACACUUUAAAUAUUUAUCUCAUACCUUCAAGCUUUACAUAAAGCUUUAUGCAGUCAAAAGUUCAAAAACCUGAAACAAAAUCUUUGCAAUAAUUUAUUCUAAACUUAGCUUUAUUACAUUCUUUGAUCUGUUGUGAUGUGAAUAAAAGAUUUGAUUUUUAAGUAGGCUUUAAAAGCUAUGAUUUAAUUGAAACUUUAUAUAA